AGACCAAGUCGAACGAUUCGCACGACAGACACAAGAAGUCGGGCUCGCACGGCGACAAAGCCAACAAGCACGAUAACAAAAGUGACAAGCACGGUGGCAAAGCCGACAAGUCUUCCGAAGAUCAGUAUUUCCUUGCGGUAAUGGACUACAAGGGCGAGAAUUCGGAUCAACUCUCUGUGAAGAUUGGUGAUAUGGUCAAGCAGCUGGACAGCGACGCCACCGGCUGGGUCUGGGCAGAGAAGGUUGCUGGCGGCGAGGACGGCAAGGCAGAGGCGGGGUACGUGCCGUCGUUCGCCAUCAAGGCGAUCCCCGCGGGGAGCGGCAAGGACACUGCGAAGCUCCUCGCCGAGCAGAGUAACAGUACGAAGAAGCAGAAGCAGAAGAAGCAUGGCAAGCACGACGACUAGGCAACGUGAUGCGGACGCGUAGACGGCGUAGCGGGGAGAGACCCUCCCUGUUGCUUACAGUGUCUUGUCAGCUUUGGCCGUCUUAGGCUAUUCGCGACAGGCCCUCAUCGGAGCUUCCCGCGGCCGUGACCCCACUGGGAACCUUUUGGAAGGGAUCAAGCAGUGAACGGUGGCGGACAUGUUUGGAGUGUGCUGCCUUCGCGUUCCAGUUGUUGUCUCUUCGUCUUGCAGGCAUCACACGCUGCGUCCGCUCACUCCCUUUUCGGAGGCCAUAUGCCUCAGGCGCCUCGCCGUGGGCAUAAUUCGCCGCGUCGGCUUCGCAAUAGCGUAGCUUUCAAUUCCGAUGGCAAGGAAUCCAAAUAUACUAGGAAUCUCCCUCCUCCUUCGCCUCCCCCUCCGCUUCCUCCUAGUGGGGGCUCGCGUGGACCAAAGCGGUCGCGCGGCUUGUUUUAGUUUGUGCCGCAGGGAGCCGUAUGGACCUUGCCGACGUCGCAGUUUGCGCCGGGGCAACCACCGGCUUGCAAAUACCCAACAUCGUGCCACCUUGUCGUGUUCUAAGAGCGCCUGCUCGCCUUCAUCCUCCUCAUCCUUCGC